UUCAGCCAUCCCAUCCCACACCUCUUGCCUCACCCGCUUCAAUAGCUUAGAGUCAGCCAAUCUUUAUCUUCACAUCCUCAACACCGAACAAUGCAAUUCCCAAGCGCACUCGCUUUCAUAACCUUACUAGUGGCCUUUCCUUUGGCCAUGCAUGCACAAAACCUUCCUAACGAUUACAUACUGAAAGACAAAACGGGAAAUACCGGCUAUCUGGACAUUUUUAGUGCGAACGGAAAACUCGCUUUCCGUUACACCAAGACCCGGAUCGGUGUGUCAUCUGUCAAGAGCGCCACUUUACUCCAGGACGGAGAUCUCAAAAAGCUCUUCUCGCUGUAUUCCAACAAUGAUGAAUGCCAGGUCAACACGGUGUUCAUCCAGAAUGAAAUUCCCUACUCGAGAGACAACUUACCUAAACGAUCGUUUUCGUUUGACGCAAGAGGCUUUGGGGAUGAUGUCUGGCGCUUCAACUUAUAUGACAAUGCCUCCAGUUCCCGCCGAUACUUCAAGUUCAAAAAAAAUAGAUCCAACAAAGGAGGUGAAGUUUUUAGAGUGGCCAGAGGCCAGCCUGACGUCCUGGUAGCCCGUCUCAGAAAUCAAAAACGUCGAGAUAACUGGUUAGACCCUAACAGAGACACCGGGACAUUUACUCUUUCAACUGUGGAUGGCGCCCCUCUGCCUGAAUUGGCCAUCAUCCUGGCCAGCGUAUUUAUUCGAGACUGGAGAUGUUGA